GAGACACACACCAACACAUCAACCUGAUUUAGAGCUUCAUAUCAUCAACUCUCAACAAAUUCAUCCAAUCAAAUGGCAUCUAUGAAGGGAAUCAUUUCAUUUGGACCAUGGGGAGGUCCAGGUGGCAACCGUUGGAGUUUCAAGACUGAUGGUGGGAUAGCUGGAAUAACCAUCAAUUUUGGAGAUAAUAUUAAGUCCAUUUCAUUCAAAGAUGCUAGUGGUGCUGUUUCCGGAACAUUUCGUGGCAGGAACCCAAAUGACUGGGGUGAAGAGAUAAAGAUUGAAUUUAGUUGGCCUUUAGAGAAAUUGAAAUCCGUGAGCGGAACUUAUGGACAUUACAAGGGCUUGUUAGUAAUCAUGUCCCUCUCACUUACUACAAAUUUCAACAGUUAUGGACCUUUUGGAACGCCCACCGGUGAGCAUUUCUCUGUUUCGAUAGAAGACGGUGACAUUGUCGGGUUCCAUGGGAGAUGUGGUCAUUAUCUUGAUGCACUUGGCAUUUUUGUGCAACCAGGAGAUUCAAGUAUUUCAUUGGGGCCUUGGGGAGGUUCUGGUGGAGAUCCUUUUAUUUUUAAGGUGGCGGGUUGGAUAAGAGAGAUAAUUGUUCAUGAAAGUGGCUGUAUCAAUUCCAUCGCUUUUAAAAAUGCCAUUGGUGACGACUGUAUAAAGUUUGGUGGGCGUGACCCACAUGACACUGGUGUGAAAAGAACAAUUGAGAUUAAUGGGCCUUCGGAGUAUCUGACAGACAUAGCUGGGACGUACGGAUAUUACAAGGACCACAUGGUGAUCACAUCACUAUCUUUCACGACAAAUAUUACCACAUAUGGACCUUUUGGAACUGCGAGCGGCACUUCUUUCUCAUCCAUGCCAGCGCAAGGAGGUGUGGUGGCUGGAUUCCAUGGAAGAGAUGGCUAUUAUAUUGAUGCAAUCGGCAUCCACGUGAAACCUUUGCAUUAAUACAAAUAUAAUUUCUAAUAAACCAAGAAAUAACGAUGUUGCUCUUGAACAAUGAAUGCUCCACGCAUUUUCUGCUGUAGUGUGUGGAUGUGCAAGUGUUGAGUUUCUUCUUGUGUUGUUUACAUGGGCUUUCAUAGCUCUUGCUUUGUUUCGAUUUCCCUGAUGGUUGUACUGCGUGUUCCUCUCAUGAUUUUGUGGAAU